GGCGCGCCGUUCCCGUCCCGUCGUGGCUCCUCAUUUUCCUGAAUCGCGCCGAUCGGUCUGCACGGACGCGCCAUAGUUCUCAAGCUCGCCCCGAGUGCACGACGACGACAUGCUGAAACCGCUGCUGCUCCUGUGCUGCGCGGCGACGAUCGUGUCAGUUUUAGCAGCUGAUCUCAAGGAUGUGAAUGCAAACGUUCCUGCCAAUUCGGCCAACAGCGGUGCAGCCGUAAAUCCUCAAUUGCCAUUGAAAACUUCGGACGACAGCAAUGCACACCUGCCACCCGUCGUUUCGCACGACUCGAAUGCAGACACAAAAUUGGAUUCGGAAACGCUGAAAGUGGCCCCAGUAAUAAUCCCAACAAUAAUCCCAACAAUAAAACCGACAGAACCUCCUACAAAACCGACUACAAAGGCGACCACAACCUCAACAACGUCAACUACAACCCCCACGCCUACUACAACCGCUGCUCCCACAACUCCGGCACCGACGACGCCGCUUCCUCCACCAAGCACUGGAAAGUGGACUGUCAAGGAGAACAACACGUUGUGCAUCAUCGUCCAAGUGGCUGCGCAGUUCAAUGUUUCUUACACUAACGCCAAGAAUGUGACGAUUCACAAAGCGAUGGAUAUACCUAGCAACGGCACUGCGACGGGAAAAUGCGGCAGUACCGAGCAGAACCUGACGCUGUCGUGGACACCGCAGGCCGGCGCUCUGUCGCAGGACAACUUCACGCUGCACUUCGUGAAGAACGAGACGGAUAAGCGCUACUCUCUUCAUCACCUAGAGAUCUCUCUGGCCUCGGAGGAAUUCCCGAACGAUAAGUCAAAUAAAACGGUGACUCUGGUGCACGUCGCGCCGCAAUUCAGCACCGGAUUAAGCAACUCGUACAGAUGCCUCAAGGAGCAGACGCUGAACUUGACCCUCCUCGGCAGGAACGAGACUGUCGGGCAACUCAAGGUGUCCGACUUGCAGUUCCAAGCUUUCAGGGGCGACAACACCACCGUUUUUGGUCUAGCCAAGGACUGCUCGUUCAACACGCCCGACAUCGUCCCCAUAACCGUGGGUUGCGCAUUGGCAGUCUUGGUGGUAAUCGUGUUGAUCGUAUACCUCGUCGGUCGCAGACGAAGUCAGGCCCGCGGUUAUCUUAGCAUGUAAGCAGAGUUCCGUGAAGUUUCUCUCUCUCUCUCUAUCUUUCCUUUCUCUCUUUUCCUUUUUUUUAUCGUUAAACUCAUAUUUUUUAUGCGAUUCUCCAUUAACGGAGAUCGAAUUGUCUUAUUGAGAAUUUAUGUAGUUGUACUUUGUGUUCUAUAGCCACGAGGGCUGUGACACGAUUAAGGAAAAAAACACAAAAUAUAUAGUUUAUACAUUUGUAAAGUUAUCGCAGCGCGUUCGCGGGCGAUAAUAGAAAAAGAAUAAAAAAAGAUAAAUGAUGCCGUCGAUACGUAUCGCGAAGCGAUUCAGAUCGAUGUUAGGGCGGGUGAUAACUCUCGAAGCAACGUGCUCCGUUCCACAAGGGCGAUAUAUUGUCUGAUAUGAAUGAGCUGAUUAAUGUAGGCGAGUCGUGAGAUCUGUGUUACAUCUGCGUUGCCAUUUCCACUCUCGACGGCGACGGCUGUUCGAUUUCCCGUAAGCGUCGUUAACGGUACAGAGGAAUAGGGAAGAUGCGUUUCGGAUCGGCGCAGCGUAGUUGAGAGCAACGUAGACACUCGCGUUGGAUCCUCAGCUUCUCGAGACGGAAUGUAACUUUUUUUUGUUUUUUAAAGGGACGAUCGUUUCCUGGCUUUACUUAUCGCGAUAUGUAUUUAUGCAUCGUGCUCGAUACACACACACACACAGCGAUGUCUUUCCGUUACGUUCUCAUACUAUCGAAUCCUUUUUUUUUUUAUUAAACAUACUGUGAGAUAAUAGCGGUUUAUUAUAGCCCUAGGUGUGCAUGCGUGAGUGCGUCAGGAAUAGUAUGAAGGAGCACGAGCUUCACUCGUUGAUUAACGUCGAAGUUGUGCUUCACUCGUUUACGUGCGAGCACGCGAAUUGCAAGACACUGUAGGCGGUGCAGUCCUCUAGAUGUAAAUUCGUUAACUAACGUCGAAAGUGCGGGUGAACAGUAACUCGACUCCUGUCAUGAUACGUGGUCCCAAGCGUGACGAAAAGCUUUGUUCUCCUGGUAAGAGAUAUUUGAACAUGUUCUACUUGACAUCGUGAACAAAUGUUGGAAAUAAUAUUGGCAAGAGAGACGUAGCGGAUAAGCUACGUGUACGUAUACACCAUGGAAGCACCAAUUUUUAAUGGGAACUGAUACUUUUGUGAUCCGCGCCGCUUUGUCGAAACACAUUUCUUUUUUUGCAACGGUUUUAUCUAAGAUAAGAAGAUAAUACGAGGCUACCGGCGGUCUGGCGUUUGUAUUAAAGAACCAAAUGGCAUUUCCGACACUUCUAAACGAGAAUUCCGCGUGUGCACCGUGCUGCUUCAUAAGUGCGUUGUGACAAGACUGAACGACGAGUGGCGAUUGAAAGUGGAGGGCAAAAAGUAAGGUCAAACAAAUUAAUGAAAUAAAUAACCGAGUAAAAGCGCUGUAAAUAAAAAACGUAAAGUAGCGAUACUACUUUUGGAUUACGAGCAUGUAUUGCAGCUAGAUGAGAUCUAAAUCGUCAACAAUAAAAUGGAAUAUUUCAAGGAUAUCUCCAGGAUUAUAUUAUCCUUGUUUGCCUUAUCGUCGUCCCUCCUUGUAAUGUUCCUCUCAGCCCCCGUUCCGUUUCAAUUAAAAUUCCGUCUCCGAAUAAUAAAAGCGUAAUUGACAGUUUGGGUCCAUUACCGCUACACUACAUGGUAUGUCACGUGUAAUGCUAAGUGUGGAGCUUGGAGGUGCGUUAUCACGUCGCUCACGUGCGAUUUAAUGAGGCGAAGUGGUAAACGCGAUCGCACGCGAGUUCCUUAUCAGUAGCGCCCUCGCGAGUGCGGCGCUCGUAGCCAGUGAUGGUUAGAGACACUAGAAGUAAAACUGAUACUUUUGUGAUCCGCGCCGCUUUGUCGAAACACAUUUCUUUUUUUGCAACGGUUUUAUCUAAGAUAAGAAGAUGAUACGAGGCUACCGGCGGUCUGGCGUUUGUAUUAAAGAACCAAAUGGCAUUUCCGACACUUCUAAACGAGAAUUCCGCGUGUGCACCGUGCUGCUUCAUAAGUGCGUUGUGACAAGACUGAACGACGAGUGGCGAUUGAAAGUGGAGGGCAAAAAGUAAGGUCAAACAAAUUGAUGAAAUAAAUAACCGAGUAAAAGCGCUGUAAAUAAAAAACGUAAAGUAGCGAUACUACUUUUGGAUUACGAGCAUGUAUUGCAGCUAGAUGAGAUCUAAAUCGUCAACAAUAAAAUGGAAUAUUUCAAGGA